CGUAAUCUUUUUGUUCAGCACCAGGGAUUGUGCACAAGUAACUCUCUACAAGCGUAUUCUAAAUCUAAGCCAUGUUCUGACAAGAGUUAUUGUUGAGGAAAACACAGCCAUUAGCUGGAAGGACUAGGCCAAUUCUUCACUAGGCCUACUCAUCUAACAGCUGCUGAUCUCUGUCGCCAUCAUGCGGCUGACAUCUGGACGCGCAGAGUAGGCCUACGGUUUAGCUCUCAUUCACACGAAGGUCCCCGAGUCUGUACGAGUUCACUGGUCUUAUUUCCGAAACAUCCAAUGCCUGUGCCCUUCUCGUCCUACUGGUCCUACCUCAAACUGGAGUUUGCCUAGGACCUCCCCUUUAAGACGAGGCUUGGGCAUAAUUUAUUUAUUUAUUCCUGGUUUUGCGUCGGCAGAUGUAAAUUUCUGGUCGAGCAAUAACGUGAGACAUCAGCAGCAACAGCCCAAGUCUGGCGUUACCCUUCUGCUCAAUGGGAAAGGCGUUGUUACUGAAACUGCAUUCAAGAACACCGUGCGUAAAUCUCGAGAGCGAAAACAGCCGGGUUCCAUGAGCCGAACGCGAGGUGCACUUUCACUUGACAAACUGUCUGAAGAACUGGCCGGCGGAGAAUAUAGCCAAAUGGACAAAGCCGCCUGCCGAAGUGCGCAUAGAGCUAGGAGUGAGGAGUGAAUGCAGAAUACGACAUCUGGAACACAGUGUAGCUCUCCUCUGUUUCAACGAAUGCCUUGCGAAAUCCUUGCUCAUUAUUCAGGAACUAAAAAAACACAAGUGACGUUAGCCACCGCGACUUCAAAGGGGAUUGUUAUUUAGCCCAGUGCAUUGCGUGCCUCUGUGGUCUACUGUGGAAUAAUAAAGAUAGGCCUACUCCUCUUCCCGCAGCUCUCCUGGGGGUAGACAGAGGAAGAGAGAGAGGGAGAGACGCAGACUUGAAGGUCUAUCUUUCUCUCUCUCUCUCUUUCUUUCCUUCUUCCCGGGCUUUUGCUCUGCGAGGAGCCAUCCACAGUGACAAGACAUCAGUUCACUGAGCUGUGACAGGGUCGCCAGGAUUCUGCCUCACCUCACUUUGUUGUUUUUGUUGUGAGGCCCAACCUCGCCCGUCUGUAAACAUGACAUCCACCUCCUCGCCGCUGGCCUCCCCCUCCCCCUCCCCCUCUCCUCCUCCGUCACUCCCCUCCUCCUCGACUCCCUCUUCCCCGGCCCCCUCCACCCUCCCGCUGCCCCCCUCGCUGCCCCCCACGGGCGAGGUGAUGGUGCUGGCCCUGGGCCGCAAGAAGCAGCGUGUGCUCAUCGCCCUGUCCAUCCUGCCCAACCUCUUCCUGGCCUUUCUGCUCUCCUCCGACCCUUUGCUGACGCUGGCCUCCCCGCACCACUGCCGCCUCCCGGGGCCCUCGCCCUCCCCGCAGGUGCUCAACGCCUCGCUGCCCUGGGAGAAGGGAGGCCGGCAGGGGGAGAGCGGAGGCCUGUCCCAGUGCAAGCAGUACCUGAUGGUCAACGGCACCCAGGCCGGGGUGGAGGACUGCGAGGCCGGCUGGGACUACAACGUUACCGAGGGACUGAAGAACAACAUCGUCACUGAGUGGGACCUGGUGUGUGGGCAGUACUGGCUGGUGCCCCUGGAGGAAGUCUGCUUCAUACUGGGGGCCCUCGUCGGAUACCUGGGCUUUGGAUUCACUGCAGACCGGCUGGGGCGACUGAAAGCGCUGCUCUCCUCCCUGACGCUCUCGGUGGUGUUUGGCGUGCUGGUGUGCGUCGCUCCCUCCCCGCCCAUCUUCAUCGUCAUGCGCUUCUGUCUGGCCACCGCCAGCGCCGGAGUCUACCUCACUCUCUACAUCACACGUCUAGAACUCUGCGACCCUUCGCUGCGACUUCUGGUCACCGUGAUAGCGGGCCUGACGACGUUUACCGGGGAGCUGUUGUUGCUGGGCGUGGCCCUGGGUUGCCAGACGUGGAGGGGCCUACUGGGGACGGGGGCCGCUCCCCUCAUACUCUUCCUCUGCUACGGCAUUCCCGGGGUGUUCCCAGAGUCUCCACGCUGGCUGCUGCUGUCUGAGAGGUCUGGGGACAUGAACUCGUUCAGCGAGAGGAGAGACAGCAACCGGGAGAGGGAUGACGAGAGCUUCACAGAGUUGGAGUCUGAGCAGCCCUCCUCCAGCCGCCCACAAUUGUCCUUCCACGAGCUCGUCCACAGCAGGAACAUCUGGAAGAACAUCUGCGUGCUGGGCUUCACCUCGUUUAUCUCCCAUGGAAUCAGCCACUGCUAUAGUUCUUUCCGCGGCGACGUCAGAGGCACCACCCCCAGCUUCUACUGGACCUACCUGCUCUCCGUCUGCGCAGGGGGCGGUGCCUGGCUGUUGCUAUGGGCGACCGUCAACAGGUGUGGCCGCCGCGGAAUUCUGCUCCUGGCCAUGACGCUGACGGGACUGGCCUCACUCAUUCUCCUGGGACUAAUGGAGUAUCUGUCAGAGUCGGCCAUCACUGUGUUCUCUGUGAUGGGGCUCUUCGCCUCUCAGGCCGCGGCCCACCUGUGUAUCUUCUUCACGGCCGAGAUCAUGCCCACUGUUAUCAGGGGUGCGUUUGUGGGCGCGGUGCUGGCCCUGGGCUGCGUGGGCCGCCUCAGCUCGCCCCUCAUGGACCUGCGCAACCACUACGGCUACUUCCUGCACCACGUGGUCUACUCCUCGCUGGCCCUGCUGGCCGUGCUGUCCAUCCUGCUGCUGCCCGAGAGCAAGAGGAAGCCGCUGCCCCAGACGCUUGGCGACGGCGAGCAGUACCGGCGCCCUCCGCUGGGCCGGAGGAGAAGGGACAACGUGCCCUUGCUGGCCACCCCCAACCCUGAGACCUAGAUCAACACUCCACCCAAUGACAUCUGCCUCUUAUUAUCAACACAUAACACACCCGCACACCCGCACUCACUCACUCAGCCUUCUCCACCCGAGUCCACCCGUGUCCGUGCUGAUGUGAGACGGGCGGUGAAAUGGGAGAGGCCACAGGGCUCCGAGAGGUCAAAGGGUGAGGUGGAGAAGCAGAAACGUGUGUCACUCCCCUCCAACACCACCACCAACACCACCACCAGUUGAGGGUGAAGAUGGCGCACAUCCUAGACAAAGGUGCAGAACAAAGGCUGACAGAAGUUUUGGAGUGAGGAGUCUGCACAUUUAAAAUUCUUUUUUUUAAAAAAUUCCAUGUCAGGACCAUUUGACCAUAGUGUUCUUCAGAUUCUCUACCAAAGAGAAUGUCUGAGAAAGUGUGCAUACUCCUCACUCCAAGCCCCCACCACCACCGCCACCACUACUCCAUCCAUAAUCGCAGCUAACAUCACAUAAGUCAUGACCGACUGACAUGGAGGAGGAAGCUUGGUCAUAGUAGGGCUCCUUCUGAACUUGUGUGAGCGUGAUGUAGGGAGAUGAGGAGGAGAAUGGUGGCUGUGUGGAGAGAAACCAGAAGCUCAGUGAUGCACAGUGCUUUUUCACCUGCUCCUCCACAGAAGGAUAAUGACAGAAGGGUGCACAUUUGGGGAGGGGGCGUCCAUCAGUCUAAGAGGCCCACGCAAUAGCUCCUUCAUCAGGGUCCUCACCUCACGGUCUCCCCUUUCGUUUGGAUAACCAUGGCAUGUCCACCAAGACACCCACCGUUCCAGACCACCACCAAGACUAUACAAUACACGCAAGGGCUGAUCGACUGAGCACCAUGGCUACUUUGUAAAUAGUUAUUUACCUUAAAUCUGUUUGUCAGACCUCUCUCGGACUGUAGUUGUUUUCACUUUUGGACUAAAGGGGGAGUUAAUUUCCUUACAGCAAUUAAGCUGACAGACACAUAUUUGGAAGUCCAGAAGUCCUGAGUUUGAGUGAUGGACAGAAAUGUGUUGCCAAAAGCUGAAAUGACUUCUCUUCAGUUGUCUUGACGGCACUACAUGUGUUUUAAAAUUUAAAGCACGUAAAUAUAACUUCUGAUGCUCACAUGAAGUUGUGAGACAAAAUAACACUGAAUGACAACAUUGAAAUAUUUAGGUGAUGACAUCUAAAUAAUUAUGAAUAUGAUACAUGUGCAGACAUGGAACUCGGAACUUGAAAACAAUGUAAAAGAAAAUGAGGCAGGGAUAGUACUUUGUACAUGGGUUGUGGAAAUAAAUAAAUGCAUCUGCUUCGAAUAUGUUAGUCCUUAUAGUAGGACCACCAGACUUGAAUUAUUUAAACCAUCAAACUGAUGGUUCUGCUCUUAAAAGCAGGCUCAAGUGAAGGACUGGAGUGCUGGACCAAGAAUUAAUGCUUAAUAAUUAGAAAGUUACGAGACCAUUCUGAGGCCUCCUAUCGCGCACUUGAUGUUAGUUUCUUAACAACAUUGUUAUAAUGCUGAAUGGUUGACAAUAAUAUAUGACCACAAUAUUAACAAUAAAUGACUUGACAAUAGAUUAAAGAUGUAUGACAGUGAUUGCUUAAUAUCAUGUAAUAAACGCUAUGAUUAUGUUGGUAACUUGUUAGAUAUACCUGACAAUAAAGAUGUUGACAAAAAUCUAA